CGCUCUGGGAGUGUGACGUCACCUCGCGGGCCCCCGUAAUGCGGCCUGCGCGGGAGGAAGCCGGGGAGUCAGGGAAGGGGGCGCGCCUCCCCUCGGCGAUGCCGGGGCCCGCCCGUUCCCCAAGGCUUUGUUCCUUUGUUCUGGGCCGGGCUAGCUGAGGUGCGGGGCAGCCCGCCUUCUGGUGUGUCCCGCAACAGGACCUCCUGGCUACGCUGUAACAGAGUCUGAGGUGCGAUUGUAAGACGUGUGUCCCGGACUGCAUCUUGUGCCUUGAGGCCAACCUCGGAGGGCAUAAGGCACCCACCCUGGAAGGGGAGCGGGACAUUCAAGCCCCAGACUGAAGCUGCCUGGGUGUCCACGUGUCCAAGUUCUAGCGGAACCCGUAAAGCUCCUGAGAUGGCAGGCCUGUCCUUUGCAGACUCUGCCAGUCUCCACCAGGGACAUCCUCUACUCCCAUCAACUAGUUUUCGGGAAUCAGUGACCUUUAAGGAUGUUGUCGUGAACUUCACCCAGGAAGAAUGGAAACACCUGGAUCCUACACAAAGAGAUUUGUUCAGAGAUGUGACAUUGGAAAAUUAUACACACCUGGUCUCCAUAGGACUCCAGGUUUCCAAACCUGAUAUGAUUUCCCAGCUAGAGCAAGGGACAGAGCCAUGGAUUGAGGAGUCAUGCAUUCCUGUUGGUUCCAUGGGAGACUGGAAGAUAAGACCUGAAAAUAGUGUGUCACCCCUAGAACUUGACAUUUCUGAACAACAUCAGUCUUCAAAGGCAGUAGUAAACAAUUGCAAAAGGGAUGAUUACAGCUUCAGUGUCGUAGAAAUGUGGAAAUCUGAUGGAAGUUUACAGAACCUUCAGGCAAACCAACAGACUCUGCCACGGGAAAUAAAAAUAACUGAGGAAACAGCCCCCACUUGUGAGAGCAGUCUCCGUGUGAGUUCAAGCCUUGUAACACAAACAGAAGUAGUUGUGGAACAAACUUCCAUCAAAACAAGAGCUAAGCAGAAUUCACUCCCCAUCAAAAAAGAGAAGCUAUGUAAGUGCAAUGAAUGUGGUAAAGCUUUUACUUACUGUUCUGCUCUCAUUCGCCAUCAAAGAACACAUACUGGAGAAAAACCCUAUAAAUGUAAUGAAUGUAACAAAGCUUUCAGCCGAAGUGAAAACCUUAUAAAUCAUCAGAGAAUUCAUACAGGAGAUAAACCAUACAAAUGUGACCAGUGUGGAAAGGGUUUUAUUGAGGGUCCAUCUCUCACUCAACAUCAAAGAAUUCAUACUGGAGAAAAGCCCUACAAAUGUGAUGAAUGUGGGAAGGCCUUUAGUCAGAGGACCCAUCUUGUUCAGCAUCAGAGAAUUCACACUGGUGAGAAACCAUACACUUGUAAUGAGUGUGGAAAAUCCUUCAGCCAGAGAGGUCACUUUAUGGAGCACCAGAAAAUUCAUACAGGAGAAAAACCUUUCAAAUGUGAAGAAUGUGAAAAAACCUUCACCAGGAGCACACACCUUACUCAACACCAAAAAAUUCAUACUGGAGAGAAAACCUAUAAGUGUAAUGAGUGUGGCAAGGCCUUCAAUGGGCCUUCAACAUUCAUCCGUCACCAUAUGAUUCAUACUGGGGAAAAGCCUUAUGAAUGCAAUGAGUGUGGAAAAGCCUUCAGUCAGCACUCAAACCUGACUCAACAUCAAAAAACACACACUGGUGAAAAACCCUAUGAUUGUGCAGAGUGUGGAAAAUCCUUUAGCUAUUGGUCAUCCCUUGCUCAACAUCUGAAAAUUCAUACAGGAGAAAAGCCGUACAAAUGCAGUGAUUGUGGAAAGGCCUUCAGUUACUGCUCAUCCCUUACUCAGCAUCGGCGAAUUCACACUCGAGAAAAACCCUUUGAGUGCAGUGAGUGUGGGAAGGCUUUCAGUUAUCUGUCAAACCUUAAUCAGCAUCAGAAAACUCACACCCAGGAGAAAGCCUAUGAAUGUAAGGAAUGUGGGAAAGCCUUUAUUCGGAGUUCAUCUCUUGCUAAGCAUGAAAGAAUUCAUACUGGAGAGAAGCCUUAUCAGUGUCAUGAAUGUGGGAAAACCUUCAGCUAUGGCUCAUCGCUCAUUCAGCAUAAGAAAAUCCAUACUGGUGAAAGACCUUACAAGUGUAAUGAAUGUGGGAGAGCCUUUAACCAGAAAAUACACCUUACACAACACAAGAGAAUUCAUACAGGAGCAAAGCCGUAUUCAUGUCCCAAGUGUGGUAAGACCUUUCGACACUGUUCAUCUCUUGCACAACAUCAAAAAACACACACAGAAGAAAAAGCCUACCAGUGCAACAAAUGUGAAAAAACCUUUAGCCAGAACUCCCAUCUAACUCAGCAUCAGCAAAUUCAUACAGAAGAGAAGCCCUAUAAGUGCAUUGAAUGUGACAAAUCCUUUACCCAGAGCAUGCACCUAACUGAACAUCAGAGUAUUCACACUGGAGAAAAACCUUACAAUUGUCAUGAAUGCCCAAAGACUUUCAGCCAGAGCACAUACCUCAUUCAGCAUCAGAAGAUUCAUUCAGGAGAGAAGCUUUUUGGAUGUGAUGACUGUGGAAAAGCCUUCAGGUAUCGCUCUGCUCUAACCAAACACCAGAGACUGCACCCUGGUAUAGCUGCUCUAGGAACAUCAUAAAUGUAGCUGCUGUUUUCACUUUGGUUUUUAUAGUGAUGAAUCAGAGCGGGGUAAGGAACCCCUAAAUUAUUUUAAAUAUUCCCUAUCUCAUGAUGAGAUAGUCCUUUGGGCUGAUCUAAUCCAAGUAUGUCAUUAAACAACAUUGUGACAAGCUA